CGCCACUAGAGAUCGCUGCGUGAGCAUCUCGCAAACGCGCGAGAAUUGGCAUGCAACAACUUGGACCCCGGGGAACGCGCGCUUCUCCAGGCUCACUCGCGCUUCCAAUACCAACAUAAGGAGACGAACGUCGAGUGCUACCAACCUGCAGAGCCUGUGUCGUGCAACUCAUUGCGCGGCGAUGCGGCGCGUUUGACACGUGACAGUCGAUGGCGCAGAGGUCCUCGUUUGAGCUGCUCGUGCGGAGGAUCCCGUGCUUUACGACUUUGGGCUCGCGUCUUGACAGCACAGCUGGCGGUCGCUGUGAGCGACGCCGUACAGCCGGGCUACAGUUGGCCGUGAGCGUUGGCUAGGAAAAUACUCAGUAAAGGCACCCCUGCAACUGUCUACACGGCGUCUUUUGCCACUGAACUGCGACUUAUGACCCUUUGACUAAACAUUUGACAUGUCCCUCAGAAAAGACCCUCGACACUUCAAGAAAUGCAAGAGCGCUACAUUUCAAGUGGACGGCCUCUCUUACACCAUCGUGGCCAAUCCACCAGACGCCCAAGGUGGCAAAGAUGAGCCUCAAGUCGCGGUGCAAGCAGCGGAAGCUGGUGAUUCAUGUAAGUCCGGUGCCAUGGUGGUGCACCGUUUCCAACCCCGGCCGGGGCAGGUGGCUCAACAGGAGGCAACGAGCGAGCUACCACAGCCCUCGCCAUCGCCGCCUCCUCCUCAGAGCAUCGAUCGUUCAUUGGUGGAAUCACAGCCUUUGCCUCCUGUCGACACACUCGAGGCCUGUGAUCGUGCCGCGCAAAGGCUUCGGGAGCUGGCAGCCCAUCUGCAACGUGGGGACGUCCCAUUGGCAGCUCUUCAGAAAACACUUCACUAUGCAGCAUGCGUCUUAGAAACGGUGUGUCAAGACGAAACAAGGAAAAAGCCACCAAUACCGCCACAGCCACCACCCCUGCGCCCAGCGCCUUUACCGCCGGGAGCGGUCCCAUCAAUGUCUAUGUUGCCUGACAAGAAGAGCAUUCCAGCCACUGAUGUUCCCCCAGCAAACAGCGCACCGCGACAACUGGGAGCCGAACAACGGCGAUGGGCCCUCAUAAACCACAACUCAAAGUUCAACAGCGGAUCAGUUUCCAAAGGGGCUCAGUCAUUUUUUCGGAAAAUGCUAGACGAGGAGGAUGACCUGUCGGAAGUGCAGCCAGAUGCGGUGCCCAACGAAGUCCGGGAAUGGUUGGCGUCCACCUUCACGCGCCAAGCUGCCACGCAGAGGAAGCGGUCGGAGGACAAGCCACGGUUUCGUUCUGUGGCCAACGCGAUCCGGGCAGGCAUUAUGGUCGACAGAAUAUACAGGCGUAUGUCUAGCUCAGCACUCAUGCAAAUUCCUUCCCACGUUGCACAGAUACUAAAGCACGCAGACGAAUGGUGUUUUGACGUUUUCAAAAUGAACGAAAUUGCUAAUGGUCAGGUCCUCAGGUAUUUGGCGUACGAUCUACUUAACCGGUAUGGAAUCAUUCACAAAUUUAAGAUCUCAUCGGGUAUUCUAGAGAACUUCCUAAGUUUGGUGGAACAAGGCUACUGUAAAUACAAGAACCCUUAUCACAACAACAUGCACGCUGCAGAUGUCACUCAGACCGUCCACUACAUGUUGUGUGAAGCUGGCGUUGCUAACUGGUUAACUGACCUUGAAGUCUUUGCGACCGUUUUUGCGGCUGUCAUUCACGAUUAUGAGCACACUGGGACGACAAAUAAUUUCCACGUUAUGUCCCGGUCAGAAACUGCGCUUAUUUACAAUGACCGGUCAGUGCUAGAGAACCACCACAUAAGUGCUGCAUUUAGACUGCUGGCUGAAGACGACCAUAAUAUUCUGGCAAACCUCAGCAAAGAAGAGUACAAAGAUUUCCGCCUUCUGGUGAUAGAAAUGGUGUUAGCCACAGACAUGACGUCUCACUUCCAGCAAGUGAAAACGAUGAAAACUGCGCUGUCUCAUCACGAUAUUAGCUUAGACAAGCCCAAGGCACUGUCUCUGCUCCUCCACUGCUGUGAUAUCAGUCACCCCUGCAAAGAAUGGAGACUGCACCACCGAUGGACGUAUCUUCUCAUGGAAGAAUUCUUUCAACAGGGUGAUAAAGAAAAGGAGCUUGGUUUGCCGUAUUCCCCGUUAUGUGACCGAAACACGACGUUGAUUGCGGAGUCACAAAUUGGCUUCAUCGAUUUCAUUUUGUACCCGACGAUGGAUGUGUGUGGAGACCUUUUGGACAAAGUCCUGCUUCAACUACAGAGGCCCUCUGAGGACAGGAUAUCCGAAGAAGAUUUUGACAGUAAGUGCUCAACGGAAAGCGGCAAAGUACGUCAGCGAUCACUGUCAGCAGUGCGCGUUGCUCGAGCACCGAGUAUUUCGGCGACGAACAACGGUAAUGAAGGCAGUAGCUCAGCUGGCAGCAGUGCACCACCGUCCCCACGGUCUGUGUAUGCAGGCUCAGGAAGAGAGCUCAAGCAGCCUUGGCUCAAGUAUUUGGAAGAGAACCGGAGCAUGUGGCAAGAACGUGCAGCACAAGAUGCCGAAGCCAGGAAGAAGGUUGCAGGUGAGAAAGACAACACAGAAACAUCUGCAGGCCUUACGAAACGCCAAGCGCCGUCAACGAGUUAAAUUCAUGCAUUCGGCUGCAGCGGCCUCCUGAGCCCCUUCCGCUAUCCAGUGUGCAUUUUGGGCCCCCUUCCAGUGAAAAGAAGCAUCCUCAAAAACCCUCGAAUUGUUGUAUAUGUGGUGUAUGUUCUUAGCUGGAUGUACAGGAGUUCAGGUCGGUUCGUACGUAACCGCCCGGUCACUGUUCACAACAAUGUGCCUGACGCAGCGUUUUCAAGCUGAGAUAGGUGUGAGAUAUGUUUGUGAGAAACCCAGUGAUCACGCGUUUAAAGAAGCAUGGAAGGCACCGCAAAUUUUUUAUAUUUUUUUUAUUUACUGCGUGAUAUGAACACACUUCCUUUACGGACUGUCACGCAAAAUAUUUCCUUUGGGAAGCGCCCAUUUCCCGAGAAAAUCAGAAUUGAUAAGAAUGCGAGCAGCCGCGGCGAUCUCUCUUAGCUCCUUCUGGCGUGUUGUGACGUCAGAUCAAUCGAGCAUUUUUAUUGGCUGCCAAGACUCGCUACACUUCAAACGCAGAAUGGGCGGCGCCAAAUACAACCAAAGAAAAAAAAGAAGAAGAAGACGCGCGCCCCACUAUAAGGGUGGUUGGCGUGACGUCGCAGACUGGCAACCAAGAGAGGGAGCUUUUCUGACCCGUGAGAUUGCAAGCUCUCUUGCGCACCAGGAUUGCGCGGUGCACUCGUACUCUUAGUGCGAAUAGGUGUCCCAGAGCUUGUAGUCCUGAUUCCUCGUCCUCCUGACAUUUUUUUUCCUUGGAGCCCUUCCAUGCUCCUUUAACAGGGAUGGUUCAGCGGAGUUAUACACGAAGAUCAUAUCAAGCUUGUGAAUUCGUUACGAACACGAUACACACAGAACUUAUUGUAACAUGAAAGGCUGAUUUAAUACGUGUUGCUGAUUGCGGUGUUUUAUUGAGAGAAGAUACGUGGAACAGUGGCUCAUGCGUGGCUUCACCAUCCGUUAUGAUUUUUGCUGGUCUUCCUGCGCAUUUUACAUGGCAAACACAGCUGCACCCUUCUUGAUGUAUGAUCAUAUGCAACUCUAGCCUACAGGGAUUUCUGUUCAGCCACGAAACGCGUGACGGCACAUGCACGGACAUUUUGGAAAGAAAUUUUUAAAACGCCGCCGCUUUGUAACGAUGCGAUGGGGACACCGCGUAUACAACUUCUUUGUGCGCUGCACAAAUAAAUAUUUUCCUACGAAAUGUAUAGAGCUUAGACACCUCCCAUGGUGUACAUCUGUUAACUUUAUAGAUAUCGCGUUUAAGGUGACGCUGUCCACCGUGAUAGAAAAGCUGCACCGGGUAUAUCAAAGUGGCUGCGGUCAGCCCCGCUCGUCAUAAAUAUUAAUAUCUUCCCAGCAAUGUGCUAAUACCCGUGCAGAAAUAUCACCUGGACCAAUUUUCGAGGGAGUAGUAUUCGAAGCCGUUGGGAGCGCAAGUGGGCGGCUACUGCGUAAAAAAAAUAAAAAUCAGAAAACCUUGUUGUUCUACUGAGUCAAGAAAGCGCACCUGUUAGUAACGCCACUCUCGCUACAGCACAUUUGCGUCUUACUCUUUAAGUCCUACAGUUGUGUACUCCGCCAGAAAUUACGAGAGCUCGUGUGGUCAGAAUACUACAUUUUCUCUUAGUGUAGGCAGUCACGUUUCAAAAUGGGAAGUCAUACAAGUGACAAACUUUAUGCCAAAUCCAAGUAAACAAAGUCGAGAGGCAUAAACAGAUCCAAUUAUUUGGCGUUCGACCACCCCGAAUGUGACGUUUGAUACAGGUUACCGCCACGAGUGGAAAUCGAUGCAUCUAAAAAGGAAAAACAAGCGUACAUCGGCACUGGAUGGUGUUAUUUCUGCUCGUUUUUGUUUGUUUGUUUUACUUUUACUUCUUCUUUUUAUCGAGGAAGUCACAUGCUGCGUACCGAACCAGUGCUGCUGUGGCACGCGUGUAGAUACUACUAAGUGAGUCAUUCAUUUCAUUGCAGGGGAGUUUCGACGAUCUUGUAUUAGCGUGCUUACACAGAACUCCGUUCUGUAGGACAUAUUAUAAAAAAAAAAAAAGAAAAACGAAGCGUAUCAGUAAGCAUUACUGAAGGUAAGAGAGUCUGGAAGUCUCUCUGGAGCCUGGACGUCCAUUUAGAGGGCCACUGUAUUAGCUUUCCGCCUCCAAUUCCCGCACCUUACUUAGCAAGUCGGCACAAAGCUCGCACUUGUUACUUGAUUUGAUUUGUUAUUUGUUGAGAACGAGAGGUGCAAUGUCGCCUUCAUUUGACACCUGUGCAAACUGCUACCGUUCUGACACAAUUUGCACAGGGGUAAUUUCGAGGGGCAACAUCCUACACAUUGGCUGUCCCCGAGUGUUUUAUGCACCAAGGUUCUGUUUUAAGAGUGUACACUCUUAAAGCAGAAGCUCAUAACCUGCCAAGAGCCAAACAUCAUUCAGGGUUCUGAGGAGGAGUAGGAAGUAUCGGUUUAUUUACAAACAUUGGAGCUGCUGGGUGACACCCAUCAGAUCAGGGUUCUGAGUCGGCCUGAGCAAGUUAACGACAGCUAUACUUACGUGUCUUUAGCUCUCGCCACUAUCGUAAAUGAAAACAACCGCGUCAUUUGAUGAGGACGCGAGGUUUUACACGAACUGCGCAAGUUAAUACGUGGCCUCGCACUGAAACUUCCCUACAUAGUGAAGGCUAGGCUAAUAUACAGCACGCCUUCUUGAGAUUAAUGUUAUUGUGAAACUGUAUAGAAAAACUACCACCUUCAAAGGUUACCUUGUUAUCUUUGCAUUGCGAAAACACUGUGUUUGAUACAACACGUGCAGUUGAUACUGUUUUCCCCUUCUCUAAAGUGAAAUUCCGAGUUGUUGAAUGGCUGAGAAACAUUCCACGCCACAUAGUGUGCCAAAAUCAAAGACGCUUUGGCAAAACGGGUUAUAUCAACGGAAGCUGCAGAAGCAGUAAACCUAAAGUUGUUCUGACAUACGUAAGAACAAAUUGUUGCUAUAUUGCAGAUUUUAUGGAGCGCGUGCCGCAUGCUUUUUUGGGUGACGCUUACCAACGAGUGAGAAGUCGAGUGAAAUGUUCCGUUAACCUAAAAUUCUGAGCUGAAAAUCGUGCAAAGCACAGGCGAGAAAAACGGGGGCGCUUGAUACGUUCUCAAGCGUGAAGCGCUUCAAUGCACUGUAUCUGGACGUUUGUAGUGUGAAGAUCGGACGGUGGAAAAAAUCUAGCGACCUGGUUGGACAAGGAAGCCUCGACUGUCCAGAUAUCAGCGGCUCACCUAUAAGACUGCACUUGUGCACUUUCGUUUUGUUUCUCUGUCUAUUUGUAUAAAACGUACGACUUCGUCGAGAUCUUAUUUCCCACGAUAGGAAACACCCCUGAAAACUUCAAAGGCUGUGUAUUCCCACAUGCGUUGGGCUAGUACAUAAACGUAUCCACAGAGUCCCUUUUUAGAACAGCAGCUUCGAAGGGUGUUUUCAUUGCGAGGAUUUGGCAUGAAUGUUUGUAGGCACAGGUGAGCCAUAUGUGCAGUAGUAUAUGUGUUUCUGCGAGACAGUUGGACAUUUGCCAGGAGCGUCACAGUUUGGAAACGAAAUAUUCGAGCUCAGUUGAUGAAUACGCAACACGGCGAUUCCCUUAAGAUGCACUCAAAAAUAUGUCUACACGUAAUAGUGCAAAACUUCUGUCGCAUAUUCAUCGAGGUCAUGUCAUCCCAUAAAAACAUUGCGUGAACACCGGAAAUGACGAGUAUAUAAACUAAUCGUAUAUCUUCUCAGUUAUAGCCGUGCUGAAAGAACACUCGCUCGCGAGAAGGCUCCAGGUAUUUUUCUAUUUUUGGCAGAUGCUUUGAGAGAUUUGGGGAAACGUCCCUCUCUCAAAUGCCGGUGCAUCAUAAUCUUGGGAUUCUGACAAAAAUCAGUGCAUUUGUGCGAGUGAAUCAUUAGUGAAUCGUUUUCAACCAAGCGGUUCGCGAACGGUUUCGUGGAAGGCCAGUGAGAAGGGGGACCGACUCAGAAUGGAAUCCUGUCACUGAGCAGCGGCAAAACCGUUCGCGAACCGUUUGAGUGAGAACGAUUCACUAAAACUCCCUAUUAGCGCAUUUUAGUGAAUUAUUUUCACUCAAACAGUUCACGAACGGUUUGGCGGAUGACCAAUGAUAAGGGGAAGUGGCUCGGAACGUAAUCACCUGAUUGGGUCGUGGCAAAACCGUUCGCGAACCGUUCGAGUGAAAACGAUUCAAUAAAACUCCCUAGUAACUUGUGUGCAGAAACGGUUUCCUAAAGGAACUUUAGACGAGAUGACUCUCCCGAUCCAAGGUGUAUCAACUAUAGAGCGAUCGACGCAACCGUUCGCAAAAGUCUGUGGGCCUUGGAACAGAUUAUUGAGUACAUAGUGCAAAUACAGUCACCAGAGCGCCCAAGCGGGUGCUCACGUAGUCCACCCUACUAUAAGACCAGUGUAUGGAAUUAGUAUUGAGCUGGUUAUCUUACAAUGUCCAUAACGCGCCUGAGCUCGGGAUACCUAUUGCGAAGGGCAGCUAUUGCUUUCUGGUUGUUGUUAAAGCGAUUCGCAGAGGGUAAUACUUGACUUGAAAACGCGGAAAACGGCCCUCCGUUCGUCGUACCAAAGUAGCUGUCGGGUAAUGCGCGUGUGAGAUAGGAGCUAAAACUCUCUGCGUACGUCAGGAAGAGCUAGAUGUGGUCAUUUUCAUAACAUAUACCUGCCGACCAAAUAUUGAGCAAGCAAAUAUUCAAUGUGGACGCGCGUAUUUUUCGUCUGUUUACAAAAACGCUUCGUUUGCCCCAAUGGACCUCUUUCCUAAUUGCUGUUGUGCGUACACACGGCGUCUACGUCUUUGAAGGCGCAGAGGAACGUUCUGUGCCCACUCAACAGAUGGCGCAGCUGAUUCACGCGGUGGCGCGAUACACAUAUCUCCGAAUACGAUGCAGAAGCUGACGAGAAAGAGAAACGUCGAGAGUAGCCACUGCAGCCCCAUGGCCAGAUUUGUGAUCGAGGAAGGGGUUUGUUUUAGGCGCGCGCAAAGAGCAGUUCGCUGAAGAGCCACGAAGCUGUGAAACGAUUAGGACAGAGGUCCAUUGUUCCUUAAGUUUUCGUUGUCAGGUGCGAGGUACGUUGUCAGGAAAUGCACCCUAGCUUUUAUUAUUGGCGUGACUCGAACAGUUCGCUCCAAAUUCUGUCAACUAUCGUAUCAAAUACACCAGAAACAGAAAUGUUGUGACCAUAAAACUUCAGGAAACAGACAGAGACUCACAGAUAUACGUACGAGCAUGCAGUAGCCACACAGUAAACACGAUGUUGAUGAUACCAUAUCACUGCAGUGAUAAGAAGCGAUUACUAGCUGACACUGUCUGCAGAAAAUCGUGGAUACGGUUCUCGGCUGCGUAUUACUUCCGCCACCUACCCGUCCAGAACCACUGAUCGCUUAGACCAAGUGCUCAACUGGACCACAAAGUCCUUGGUCGAAAUGGGCAGUCGGUCUGAUUGAGUAGCGAGUUGUAAUCUGCGUCCUCCUCCAGAAGCGUUCAUUUCGACCAGCUAUGGCAGCUAAUCGCUUCGAUAACUAUACAUAUAUGAUCUGUAUCGUUGUAGACAGGAGGUGAUGAUGAUGAUGAUUCGGGUUUUAGUGACGCAUCAGCUACUAAGGCCAUAAUGCGCCAAAUACCACUGAAGGCUAGCUAGUUAAAAGUGCAUGUUCAGGACUAAAACGUAGACAGGAGGUGUUUGAGCGUGUCAAAGCGAGUGGUCAAAGUAAGCAGUUGGUCGAGAUGAACGCUUCGCGAAGGAGUAUGUGGAUUAUGCAGCCCGUUCCUCGUUUCGACCAAGGAAUUUCAAGUCCAAUGGGGUACCUGGUUUGAAUGAGAGAGGGUCUGAAUGAGCACAUGGUCGAAAUAACACCGCACUGGGUUUUCACUUCCAUGAUAAUAUAUUACGUCAUAACAAUGCGUACAACGCUUAGUCUAGUCACCAGUGCAUACCAAAGUGCGCGCAACACGCAUCAUUCCUCAAAGAAACGAGCGUGGUGGGUUUCAAGUAAACGAAUUGUAUGUUUACAUAUCGGGAUAGGCCAAUUUGGCGGUACCAGUUUUUGUCCUCAUUCUGACCACACACUGACCACAUGUGACUAAUUUCACCACGUUUCACUUGUCAGUGGGAACGCUCAUGGUAGCGCUGCACAUAUGCAGUAUGUGUUCAUCUACAGGCACGCGCCAUGACGUGACGGCCCACGUGUGAACCAACGCAAAUAUUUUAUAAACUACUACUACUACACUACUGCAAAAUGGUGGCAGGAUGCAAUUAAUUUUUGUUAAGUCACUCGUUCUUGUGUGAAUACUUCUUGUCUGAGUAACAUUGCAAGACGUUGGUCAAAGUCCUGUACAGAUAAAAGUUACGUUUGCCAUGCGAAGAACACAUGUCAGUGAAUUUUGUACAUAGCUUUCAAUGUGUGAUAACCAAGAAGCAUGCACGAUUGUUGAGAGCAGUGUUCCUAUAGUUUGAAGGAAUGUGUAAAGGUGUUUCCUUGCCAACCAGAUGCCUCCUCUUUGUCCAAGUUUACGUAAAUUACAACAUUUGUCUUUUCCGUGCAUUUUGGUUGAUGCUGCGUCAUACGAACUCUUCUUUUGUCCCCCCGCUUUUCUGACGUUCCCACGUUCAAAUCUCUACCAUACGGAUGCGCUAGUAUAAAUAGUUCGACUGGGGAACGCUUGUUCACACAUGUAACUUAAUUUCAUGAAAUAAAAAUAUUUAAUGGUGACCUC